AUGACGUCUCUUCCAAACCCAGACAACCGUCCCCUUCUAAUCGGUCCGCCCGCCGGGCCCGAGGCCCCCUUCCCCUUCCGCAUGGAGGGAGAAGUCAUCUCCGGCUUCGGGCGCGGCUCGAAAGAGCUCGGCAUCCCGACCGCCAACCUGCCCGUCGACGACGAAAACACCUGGAUCAAGAACAUCGACUCGGGCAUCUACUUUGGGUGGGCCUCGCUCAAGCUGCCCGCUUCGCAUCCCAACUCGGUUUUGUACCAGAAACCUUCCACUUCUGAGCCGGUUAUGGAGUCCAUUCCCACCCCAGAAGAACAGCAAGAACAACAACAGCAGCAGCAGCAGCAACAAGAACGAGGAGGAGGAGGGGAAUCCGCACAGGAAGAAAAGCUCAUCGACCAACAAACAGGCCAGUGGCAGAUCUACCCCAUGGUCAUGUCUAUAGGAUAUAACCCCUUCUACAAGAACACGGUGCGCUCGGCGGAGGUGCAUGUGCUUGAGAAUUUCGGGGCGGACUUUUACGGGGUGGAGAUGAGGCUGCUGGUUACCGGGUUUAUUCGCAACGAAAAGGAUUAUAGCGGGCUGGAGGCGUUGAUUGCUGAUAUUGAGUUUGACUGUGAGGUUGCUAGGCACAGUUUGGCGAGGAAGGGGUGGAGGGUUAGGGAGUUGGGGGUUGUGCAAGAAGGGGAAGAAAAGGGAGAGUUGGAUGGGAGUUGGUUGGUCCGGUGA